AUACGGGCUUUCUGUGCUCCUCUUUGAAACCGCUGGAGAGCCGCAUAAUGGUUACUGCGCGCCAUCGGUUUCUGAAGGCGUCUCACUGGAAACUGAGUUUACUUUUAAGUGCUUCGAUUGGCAGGAUACGAGCCUACCACUGACAUAUGAAUUUGCACUUGGAGAGGAGCCUAUAUCUUAUGGCACGUCACCCUCGUCUGUCUCGACAGUGUUACCUGCGGGAUCGCCGAACGAAGAUUUCCACCAACAAGUCACUAUUGUUAUUAAGAAUGCGGUUGGAGUAUCUGUUGUAGAGAAAUUACUCAUCAAGGUAAGGCCAUCAUCUGGCCUUGAUCCAUGUGCUUCAUCACCAGACGAAGUUGCAAUCAAGUUAAAAGGUUUUGUAGUCGGGGAAGGUAACAAGCUAGAUGAAUAUCUCAACAAGGGUGAACUCAGCCAAGCUGUUCAACUUGGUAUAUCCGUUUUCAAGUCUGCAAAUGAAAAAACUGAAUGUGGCCAAGAAUUGGACCCUAACGACAUAGCUUUGAUUUCCAACACAUUGAUAUCGAAGUUUACAGCUAUAACACCAGAGAAUCUUGAAAUGUCUCGCUUGGUUAUGUCUGUAGUAGGCUUGGCCAUGGGAGUGGAGGCAGACGGUGGCGGUAAUAGCAACAACAACAAUAUGGAAUUAACGAUGCAAUUGACUGAUAGUACAGCUAAUAUGAUGAUUUCCACCCUUAAUGAUCCGGAGGAGCCUUUCACACCGGAGUUAGAACAAACAGCUACAAGUGUUACAGGCUGCCUCACAAAUGUUCUUAAGUCUGCUGCAGGCUCAAGUCAGGACGACACAGACUCGGCAGUAACCCCACCCUCUCCAGAGUUCGUGAAGAAGGCCUCCGAAAAACUGAGCAACAUGAGUGAUGCAUUUUUUGGCCGCUUGGUUCCAUCAGAAGAUCUGGUCCUAAAAACUCCAAACUUGGCAAUUUCGCUGAAAAAGGUCACAGCUAAUGAUGCAAAAGGACUCAGCAUGGGAGAUGGACCAAGUAAAUUCAAGCUCCCGAGCAGCCUUGGAAAUAUAGGUGGUGGAGAGAUAAAUGCAAAGAUGCAAGCUGUUGAUUUUAACCCUUUCACUUGGGACAAUAGCAGCAAGAAAAUCAAAUCACGCGUCACGAGUCUUGAGCUUAAAAGCAAUAGCGCGGAAAAGAUAAAUGUUUCAAACCUUGACAAUGACAUUGAGAUCUUGAUUCCCAUUUCAAGUCCACCUCAAAACUCCACCAACGGGACACAACAUAACUUUCUUAAGCCAAAUGAAAUCUCAGUUCGAAGUUAUUACGCAGAACUAGCCAAUGUUCCUGUAUCUCUUAAGUUGGGUAUAGCCAAAGCAGGAUUACAAAUCAGUCUGUUCAUAAAAUUUGGAAAAAGACCGACGAUAAAUGACUUUGACCACAAUUUUACAAUAGCGUUUACAUCAACAUGUAACAACCAAACAGAUGCUAAUGCAACUUGCUCUAUCAGAGAUAGCUCGGUUACAGUGAUCCCUUUUAAGCCAGGCUUCCUCUACGCGGGCUUAUUGUUUAAAAGCCCUAAGAAUGAAAGUCAACAUUCCAGGCAGAGGAGAUCCUGUUUUGGAAAUCGUCGCGAAAGACGGUCGUGUGUGGGCGUUAAAGAUCCACCACCAAAAGGAUUUCUUAGCUCUGUGAUUCCGAAAUAUGAUCCAGACACAGACGCUAACUACACUUUGACCAUCACUCAGUCGAGUUGUUUAUAUUGGUCAGAGAACACAGAAAAGUGGACCGCGGAAGGUUGCCGGGUAAGCCAAGACUCGAACACCACCCAUCUGAAAUGUCUCUGCAAUCAUUUAACAUCUUUUGGUGGAAACUUCAUCCAAGCACCAAACCCAAUUGACUUCGACAAAGUUUUUACUGAGUUUUCAAACCUUGCUGAAAGUGGCAAUAUUUCAGUACUUGUGACAAUUGCCUGUUUUUUCCUUCUGUAUCUCGUUAUCUUAAUCUUUGCAAGGAGGGCCGACAAGAGAGAUGCAGACAAGAUUUGCCCACCUAAAUUGAUACCGCUUGUGAAAGAAGGAGCCUAUUAUUACGAUAUGGUUAUAAGCACCGGCGUUUGGAAACAUUCAGCAACAACAGCUAACAUAACCAUCAGUAUAAAGGGCGAAAAUUAUGAGCAGAAUCAAAUUCCAUUGAGGGAUAAAGGGGAGAGGAGCGAGCUUUUUGGACGUGGGAGUAUCAACGGCUUUGUGCUCGUGUUGAAAGAAUCCAUCGGCCCUUUAAAAGAAAUUACUUUGGAUCACGAUAAUUCGGGUGAUAAUCCAUCUUGGUUUGUAGAAACCGUAGUUAUCCAAGACCGCCAGACCGAAGAAAGGUGGGUUUUCCCUAUAAAUAGAUGGCUUGCGUUGGAAAAAGACGACGGCCAAAUAGAGGUUACUGUGGACAGCAAAUGUUACUCUGCCUUCUCCGCUCAGGUUCGUUCGCGCUUUGCCAGAAAAAUUGCCGACAGUCACUUGUGGAUGUCAGUGUUUGGAAAAGCAUGUAGCAGUACCUUCACACGUGUGCAAAGAGCUUCAUGUUGCCUUUCAGUUCUGUUUAGUGCAAUGAUAGCAAAUGCCAUGUUCUAUAACAUUGGUGGUGAAUCCGAUGGUGCGAUACAAGUUGGGCCUUUUAAGUUUUCUUGGAAACAGAUAGUCAUCGGAGUACAAAGUGGCAUUAUCAUUGCACCAAUAAACAUAAUAAUUGCCUUCCUGUUUAAGUCUAGCAGACGGAAGAAGAAAAGGAGUGAAAAAUACCAAGUAACAGACGAGGCCCAACGACUUUUGGAUGAAAUAACGGACACCGGUUGUUUGCUUCCCAAUUUUUUUGUUUAUAUGGGCUGGUUUCUUUGCUUCUGUACGACAAUGGCAGCAGCAACAUUUACGCUGUUUUACAGUCUAAUGUGGGGAAAGGAAACCUCUGAGCAGUGGCUUGCUUCUAUUCUAAUUUCCAAUGGACAAGAUAUUUUCGUUGUGCAGCCCACGAAGGUUAUGUUAGCCGUCAUCGUCAUUUCCUUUCUCCUGACAAGAAAGAACAAAGGCAAAUGCGAAGAAGAAGAAGAGACUGCUACCGAUCCACGCGCAAUUGAGAUAGAUUUUUCCUGCGAUGAUCCCAAACAGCGCUUUAAGAAAUAUCAGCGGGAAAAGAUGAGGGAGAGAUCUAAAAAAGAAGCGCAGUUGACAAGUAUGACAAGAGACAUUAUUCUGCAUUUAAUAUUUGUGUUUCUUCUGGCCAUCGUAUCUUAUGGAAACAAGAACGGAAAUCGUUUUCUGAUGACCACCGAGACGAGAAAUCGAUUCAAUAAGUUUAAUCUGGUAAAGGAUGCGCACAUAUUAGAGGCAUGGUUAAGGAACGAAUUCAUAUUAAACAUUUAUAAUCAGGCGUGGUACAACGGACUUGAAGAGGAAAACGAUGUGUAUAUCGGGAACAAGAUGUCGGUAUUAGUGGGAAUGCCCUGGUUGCGACAGCUCAGAAUUAAAAAAAAAUCCUGCAGAUCACUCUCUAAAAUGAUAGCAGAUUGUUAUUACGACUAUUCUCCAGAAAAUGAGGACACGACUUUGCUAAGCCUUCCAGGUUGGAUACCUCUAUCCCUCAAUACCUCGUGGCCCAAUGCUCUCCAAAUUUGCCCUAAGCCUUGGCGGUAUCAAUCAGCAGCAGAACUUCGCAACGAUCCCAUUCUAGCGUCUUACAACUCUUAUGAAGGGGGUGGUUAUGCAGCAGUCAUGGGAUACGAUGAAAGCACUGCACAAGGCGUCCUCGACGAGACUAUUACUAAUGGAUGGCUUGAUCGCCAAACUCGAGCUGUAAUUCUAGAGUUUGCUGUUUUCAAUGUCAAUACAAACUUGAUUAGCGUUGCCACAUACUUUUACGAGGCCUUAGCUACUGGUGCAGCCUACACUUCAAGGAGAAUUGAAACACUGGAGUUGUACAGCACUGAGUCAGGAGCUCUGAUGUUUUUCUUAAUUGGCCAGUUUCUGUUCAUGGCAAUGGUCCUGUUUUAUUUCAUAGUUAUGUUAGUUCACCUUUAUCAACAACGCUUAGGUUUCUUCAAGUCUGUUUGGAACAUGGUGGAUUUCUUUAUGAUUAUUUUCUCUGUAGCCUCUGUAGCAUUUUACAUGAUCAGAGCUAAAAGCGUUUUGAACACUAUCAAAUCUAUUCAAGCCAAUCCAUAUGAAAUCGUGCAUUUCCACACAGCCUUAAAUUGGCUUAACCUAGAAAAUGCGUCUAUUGCUAUGGCUGUUUUUAUGGUGACAGUCAAGCUACUGAAUCUAAUUCGUUUUAACCCACACGUAAUAUACUUGUUUUCAUCUUUUCGGCAAUCUAUAGGCUAUCAACUCUCGUAUGUGCUCUUUUUUCUGAUCGUGUUCAAUGCAUUUGUUGUAACAGGUAUGCAGUUUUUUGGUGGUGUAGUAUUAGAGUAUUCUAGUUACCUCAACGCAGUCAUGUCUCAAUUCGAAUUCCUGUUAGGAAAAGCAGUCCCAAUGGACGCUCUUCGAAGGGACAAACCCUUCAUUGGUCCGACGUUUGCGUUUUUGUUUUGUAUAUCCACAACUAUAUUUCUUAUGAAUAUGCUUGUUUCUGUCCUCAACGAAUCAUACGGUGACGCAAAAACAAACGCAGAGGAAAAUGCAAAAGAGCUUGAAAUGGCACGUUUUAUUGAGGAGCGUUUAAUGGACAUUUUCCACGAGGGAAGUAAUCGGACUGAGUUUAAGUUGUUUUGCGAUGAGACAACAUUCGCCAACAUGUGCCUUUCUGAAGCAGAGCCAUUCUGUUUAAAUUCUGAAAGUAUUAUCCAAUGUACAGAGGAACGAAUGCUAAAAGUUGAAAAAAGACUAACUGUUCUCACUCGGCGAACAGAAUACAUGGAGGCUGAUUAUUUGAAAGAGGAAAAUGACUUAAUUGACCUCUUGUUAUUAAUGAUAAAUCCUUUGGUGCGUGAUUCGGAAAAAAAAGCAAAAGAUCGUCCCUAAAUGCAGAGAUGUCUUAUUUUAUAAGUUAGCCUAGUUUUCUUUUCUUGAAAG